CCCCCUUCUUUUCUUGCUACACCAUUGGGUAGCAGUCUGAGUUCGAUCCGCUUCAAUUGUCCUACCCUUUGCUUCGAGCAGCCUGCAGAACAGAGUAGGAUAUCAAAUCACAGUCGCCGGGGUGAACGCAUCCGACCGUGCACCUUGCACCUCACGUCCUUUACCAGGUCCUUCGCAAAGGUCAUCGGCUACUUGUCCAUCAUGUCGCUGGGUACCUUUGAUGCCAACCAGGCGCAGAACUUGCCAGAGAUCGAGAAGCAGAUGGCCGUCAAGUGUGUUGAGCAUGCCCAGACGUACUGGAACCUACUCGAGAAGAUCAAGCCAAGUACUCUCAAGCUUACCAAGCUUGACGAUGAGAUCUACACCGACUUCACGCAGUCGUUUCCCGAGUACUCCGAGGAAAGCAGGCCGAAGAGCGUGCAGAAGAUUGACGAAGAUGAGAUGAAAUCGGCAAAAGGUAAAGAGCGCUGGAGGAAGUUCUCGGAAAGGUACGAGGGAAAGGUUGCCGACUUCAAUCAAGGCACGCUCAUCCGUACGGACUCCUCUGACGAGUACACGCAAAACAACACCAUAUUUGUCUUGCGUCUUCAAUUCUACUGCUUCGAGAUUGCGCGAUGCAGGCGAGGACUGAACGACUGGAUCUGGGACAAGGAGCAGGCGGAGAAGGCAAAGCAAAAGGGAAAAGGGAAAAAGUGAAGGACACUACCUGCUAAACAAAGCGGGGGCACAUAAUCUGUGAACUUCAGAAGCAACCGGGUGCUCGGAAAGCAGGUACGCCUGAUUUGCUGUUACGUCGGAACAACUGCUCGCUCUAGAAAGAGAAACGCACUCUCCGUUGCUUGGCUGAAGUCGAAGUAUACAUGUACGCUCAACUUACAAAGAGGCACACCCGGCCUAGUGCCUAUUAGUAAUUUCUUGCAACCCAAGAGGGAGGCCAGAUGUAUACGACUCACAGAGCACCGCCGCAAUCCACAUGCCGCAUUCGGUU